AUGAAAUACUCCACCACUGCUUUUGCCCUUACCGCUCUCGUUGCUACCGUAUCUGCUGACUCGGCUCCUGUUGCCCCAACCGUCAACGGUAAGCCAUUCUUUGCUGGUCCUGACUUUGUUGGUUCCGACUCCACCACCCAGCCAAUUCCUACUACCGUCAACGGUAGACCAUUUUUCGCUGGACCUGACUUUGUUGGUUCUGACUCUGUCAACUACAAUGCUACCACCCACACUGGUAUUACCGUUACUGGAUACACCACCUACUGUCCAGCGGCUACUACUGUGACCAUUACCACCUGUAAGGAACACAAGUGUGCCCCAACUCACAUUACCGUUGCUGGUCCAACCACCAUUACCGUUACUGAAGAAUGUGUGGUGCCAUCUACUGCUCCUCCAAAGACUGUUGCUCCAGCUACUACUGCUCCUCCUGCCAAGAGUAGUCCUACCACUGUUGCUGCUCAAUCUUCCAAGCCACCAAAGGUCUCCACCUUGACUGGUGGAGCUCCUCAAAAUGCUGUUGCUGGAGGUUUGAUUGCCGCCGUUGCUGCUGCCGUUGCCAUGGUUUAA